AAGUAUCGGGCCUUUAAAAAUGCUCGGGAAGCGUUUAAAGGGCAGAUCGUGGCGCUCUGUCAAAGCAUCGAUAUCGGACUUAACUCAAGAUUUAUUUGAUCCAAAUAUGACUUCCUCCAGUCCAGACCAGCGCCUGGAUCACCUCCUGAGCGCCGUGGAAAGCGAGUUUCAGAAGGGCAGCGAAAAAGGCGACGCUUCCGAGCGGGAUAUUAAACUUUCCCUUGAGGAUGCGGAAUUAUGGACCAAAUUUAAAGAGCUCACCAAUGAAAUGAUUGUCACCAAGACUGGAAGACGAAUGUUUCCCGUGCUCAGAGCCAAUGUCUCCGGCCUUGACCCCAAUGCAAUGUACUCCGUACUGCUGGACUUCGUGGCGGCGGAUAAUAACCGGUGGAAAUACGUGAAUGGCGAAUGGGUGCCGGGCGGGAAACCCGAACCUCAAAGCCCGAGCUGCGUCUACAUUCAUCCAGACUCACCAAACUUCGGCGCGCACUGGAUGAAAGCGUCAGUGUCCUUCAGCAAAGUCAAACUUUCCAAUAAACUCAAUGGUGGAGGACAGAUUAUGUUGAACUCUUUGCACAAAUAUGAACCCAGGAUUCACAUAGUGAAGGUUGGAGGGAUUCAGAAAAUGAUCAGCAGUCAGUCUUUUCCUGAGACACAGUUUAUUGCUGUCACGGCUUAUCAGAAUGAAGAGAUCACAGCUCUGAAGAUCAAGCACAAUCCAUUCGCUAAAGCUUUCCUUGAUGCCAAAGAGAGAAGUGACCACAAGGAAGUCCCAGACCACAAUACUGACAAUCAGUCUGGAUACUCACAACUUGGUGGCUGGUUCUUGCCCAGUAAUGGCCCUAUGGGCCCCAGCAGCAGCCCCCCUCAAUUCAGUGGUGUUCCUGCUCACUCCUCUGGGUCUUACUGUGAGCGAUACUCUAGCUUGAGGAACCACAGAGCUGCUCCAUACCCCAGCCAUUACUCCCACCGCAGCACUACCACCAAUAACUACAUGGACAAUUCUUCAGGAAGUCUCGGCUCUCACGAUAGCUGGUCAGCUCUGCAGAUACCCAAUUCUAGUGGGAUGGGCACCCUGGCCCACACCACCAAUACUACCUCUAACACCAGCCAGUACCCGAGCUUGUGGUCUGUUGCGGGUACAACCCUCACCCCCUCUGGGUCAACGUCGGGGUCCAUCACAGGCGGGCUGACAUCUCAGUUUCUGCGCGGAUCUUCAGUGUCCUACUCUGGGCUGACUUCAUCUCUGCCUGUGUCCUCUCCCUCCUCUAUGUACGAUCCAGGCCUGAGCGAGGUUGGAGACGCCCAGUUCGAGAGCUCUAUCGCCAGGCUUACAGCCUCCUGGGCACCUGUCGCACAAAGUUACUGAGAUCCAGACCAACAACCUUCCUGUUUUUUGAACAUGUGUUCAAUCACUUUACUCUUUGCAAAGAUUCAAGAGACUGAAGGGACUGAAUCAGAGGUGAAGAUCCUACAGAGACUGGUUAGAGCGUAUAGAUUAUUUAUUUCUGAUGCCAACUUCCAGAGAAACUUUUCUCUGAUUCAUAUCUGUAUGCAAUAUUUUGGCAUGUAACAUUGUAGACAAUCAAAACCUAGACAGACAAUCACUCAUAGCUAUAUUUGCUAAUUCAUCAUAAGAAAAAAAUAUGGGGCCAAUGAUGGUGUUUAUUCUUUAUAAUAUUAUCUAAAAAAAAAUAAUAGUAAGACCAAAAUGUGCUGAUGACUGACUAAAAUGUAUAUGUGUGUAAAUAAAUAGAAAUUAACAUUCA